AUGGUUUCGAACAGAUACGUCGGUGUUUGUUGUUCGAAUCAGUCGGAAGAUUCUGCAGAAGUAUUUCCCAUCAUUGCCGUCGACGACCAAGAACCCAUCGAGACGGAGAACGAUGGUGAAGUAGGAAGUAGGAUCAUUCGAUUGGGCGACGAGAACGCAUGGAAUUCAACGGCUAGGUCUCGAGGAUGCGGGACGAACACGAAAACUCUAAGUAGGCUGGUGGGCGGUGAACCGGCCGAUCCCACCGAAUGGCCGUGGAUGGCAGCUCUUCUGAGAAAAAACGAGGUCCAGUAUUGCGGCGGUGUUCUCGUCACCGACAGACACGUAUUGACUGCCGCCCACUGCGUGUACAGAUUCGGCCACCGAGAUAUCAAAGUCAGACUGGGCGCGUACGAUUUUGCCGCACCGGAAGCAAACAGAGCGUUGGACUUCGCGGUGACCGAUAUACGCGUUCAUCGAGACUUCGAUCAGACGACGUACGAGAACGACGUAGCGAUACUGAGGAUGCACCGACCGACGGUGUUCAACGAGUACAUUUGGCCGGUUUGCUUGCCACCGAUCGAUCAGACGUUCGAGAACAAGAACGCGAUCGUUACAGGCUGGGGUACCCGUUAUUAUGGAGGACCUGUUAGCACAGUACUGAUGAAAGUUGGUCUUCCGAUAUGGCCGCGAGAGAAGUGCGUUCAAAGUUUCGAUCAACGAAUCCCAGAGACGGUGGUGUGUGCAGGCGCGUACGAGGGUGGUCGCGACGCUUGCCAGGGCGACUCUGGCGGGCCGCUUCUGCAUCGCCUUGGCAACGGUAGAUGGGUCACCGUGGGAAUCGUAUCCUGGGGGAUUCGAUGCGGGGACCCGGGACGUCCUGGAAUCUACACGAGAGUCAGUUCAUAUCUCGACUGGAUACUCGAGAACGCAGUUUUCUGA